AUGGUGACAAUCCUCUCGCAAUUCUGGAGAUCCUUCUCCACGAUGGCGCAGCUCUGGUGUCCCCUGUCUUUCAAGUCCGCAGUUGGCUCCAACGACGGGCGACCAUCAACCGCAGAGCAGAGACGACCGUCUACGGCGGCGCCACCUGCCGACGCUGCCGUGAUUGAUAUGUCGGCCGGCGACGUCCAGCCCAUCGUUGCCCGCUCGGAUUCGGGCGCUUCGACGACAGCGGUUGACGACGGUCACUUCGUCGAAGGCGUGAUAUUCUUCGCGUCCACAAUCUCUGCCUUCUUAAUCAGGAACCAGCCGUCGUGGCCGACUCCUCAAGGCCUCCUCUUCCAUAUCCACUCCAUUUUCCUCCACCUGGCCCUCAUCAAUGGGUUGGCCUUCAUCUUCUUCUCCCUCAUCUUCCAUCGAAGCCUCGCGAUGUCCCGGGUGCGGCGGAAACUGGCGUUCAACAGUGUCAUGUUCCUGGUCGUGGCCUUCAUGCUGAGUGCCUACGUAGAGCUUCCCGUCUUUUCUUUCGUCCUCCUUUUAAUCCUCUUCCUUCUCAUCUUCGCCUAUUUCACGAUGUCAUGGGUUAGGGACGACCAGACUCUUCCCAUGUAG